CUCCGGACAGGACGGUCUCCUCCUCCUCUUCCUCUCUCUCUCUCUGUGUUGUUGAGGUGGUGUGUGGUGGCGGUGCUGCCGCGGAGGGGGUGCACCGACAGUCGCAUCUGACUCCAGCCCAGAGGUCCCGGGCGGACGCGUGAUGGUGCGGACUCAUUGAUAAAAUCCGCGCCGCUGGAAUUAAAAUGAGCGCUACUCUCUCCUCCUCCACAUAGCGCUGCCUUCUCUGCACAAGAUCUGUUUUAUGUGAGUCCAGCAGGCGACACAGGAUGACUACUCCCUUAUCACUGGUGAUUCUGUGCGCUUUGGUGGCGUUAAUGUUGGCGUCAAAGACGGAGCGGGCGGUGCUGCUCCCUUGUGACUCCGGCGAGUACACCAGAAGUGGAGAAUGCUGCCAGGAGUGUCCACCUGGAGAGGGCGUGGUGAAGAAAUGCGGCGCCACGCAGACGGUCUGUGCCCAGUGUUUGGACAGUGAGACCUUCUCAGAGAACUACAGUCACACGGAGCAGUGCAGGCCCUGCACCGAGUGUACCGGCUUGAUGCGAAUGGACACGCCCUGCACCGACUCCAACGACGCCAUCUGCGUCUGCAACUACAACUACUUCUUCGACGCGAUGUCGGGCCAGUGCCAGCCGUGUACGGUUUGCCCGGCAGGCCAGGGUGUGUUCGCGCACUGCGAACACAAUCACGACACCGUGUGUGAGGAGUGUUUGGACGAUACCUUCUCUGACCGGGAAAGUUCCCUCGACCCUUGCCUGCCCUGCACCAUCUGUGAUGAGGAAACUGAGAUACAGAUGGCUGUGUGCACACCGACCAGUGACUCGGUCUGUCAUAAUCCUCUCCUCCCGACAUAUUUCACUUCCACCUCAGAUAUGAGUCCAUCCACCCCCUCCUUCACCAAUUACUUCCCCCCGGAUGGCUCCAAUAGCCCGAUGCCAGGAGGAGAGACGACCACAUCCAGCGCCGGCUCUCCUCGCUUCCUCGGCCACGGGCUCAACGAAAACCUCAUUCCCAUCUACUGCUCCAUCCUGGCCGCCGUGGUGGUGGGCCUGGUGGCUUACAUUGUUUUUAAGAGGUGGAAUAGCUGCAAGCAGAACAAGCAGGCAGCUAAUAACCGUGCGGCUACAAACAACCAGAUGGUGACGCCGGAGGGCGAGAAGCUGCACAGCGACAGCGGCAUCUCGGUGGACAGUCAGAGUCUGCAGGAGCAGCAGCAGCAGCAGCAGCAGGCCCAGGCUGAAGUCCAGGCUCAGCCCUCGCACUCACACACACAGGAGCAGAUAGUGGUGAGGGUGGAUGGCGGACCCCAGCCUGACACGCCUCCCCCUGAAGUCUGAGGAAGAGGGGGAAGGAGAGGAGGCGACAGAGCUGAAGACAGGGAGAAGAGAGUGAGGACUUGAACCGUGGACCAGAAUGAAAGCAGGGGGGCCCGUGUGGGAAUGUAAAACCGACUCUGACUCAUACUGUAUGUGACGUAGCCACAGACUUGACUUGUGUGGACCUCCCAGCACCUUUGGGUCACAGUUUGACUCUUCAUCCCUGCAUAUAGAGUCCAACUCUAUCUAUCAGUGUGCCUGGACACGACCUCUACGGCAAUAUCAACCAUGAUCGGGACUAAUGUCACUGCAGAUACAUAACCAUAGAUAUAUGCCAUUAACUGACUAUUCCAGUAUCUAAUAUUGGCAAAAUUCUCACUAACUGCCAAUUUAGUAACCUUUCUAAGCUUUCCGUUCUCCCUCUAAUUCCUUGAUCACUAGCCAUGAAACGUAUGUGCCUGAAAGGUAAAUAGACAGAGAGGUUGUCCAUUAUCUCCCCUUUCCUUUCCCUGUGCAUCAAAGACGCCUUUCUUCCGUCACUUCUUCCUCUGUGGCGUCCCGCUCUCAGAUGAUCCUAGUCUUUCUCCGUAGGAUUCACUCCAUUAGACCCCCGCCGUCAUCAGCGAUACAAAAAGAAGCGGGGGAGCCGUGAGUCACUCCCAGCUUCAUCUGAAGUUUCUUUUAUCAUGUAAUCACAGAUGCAUUUCAUGGCAUGUCGUCUUGUAAAAUGUUUGCUUCAUUGUUUGAGCCGACUGAUGCAGGUGACUCAUAUUUGGGAAGAAAGGUCAAUCGCCGCGUUGUCCACUCGGUAAUCAGCUAUUUUUCUACCUGCACUCUCUAUCUAUCACUCUCGCGUAGACCCCCUUUACAGGAUUGUGUUUCAGCAGUUUCAUGCUCAUAAUGCAACGCACCCCAAAUGUUUGUCUCCCGUUGUGGUGCAUUACUUGCAUUUUGUGGCUUCGGCUGCAUGGCUGAUUCAGCAGGGUGCCUCCACGGUCCUCGAUGGAGCCCGGAUGUGCGACAUGAGAGAAACGCCUCUGGACCGUGGAGCUCUGCUGACUCACUGCGAUGAGUUGACAUGUCUGAGGGGAAGCGAAGAUGACCAAAACAGGAGCUGUGACGCCAUCAGUGACCCAGCAUACAGAGCUGCUCGUUACACAGAUGCUUAAAUGAAUUUUGGUACUGAAAAAACACGGGCAAAGGAAUCCCAUCUGUCAUUGUCAUUACACUCACUGAGUGGAAAAUUGGGACACCCCUCAACUGUUUUCACUAUCCUCAGCACACCCCCACCCUCCACAUUCACUAUUACAGUCUUGCUUACAGCUCUGUCUGCAUGAUAGAGCCUGAUAAACAGGGCUGAGGCGCUAAUGCACCGGCGGCGGCGCUCACGUCAACGCGGGGACCAUUAGAGAGACGUCCUGACAGGCAGGUAGUAAUUACCUCAGGGCUUCAGCUUCAUUUACCCUCUGCUAGGCUCGGCUCGGCCGCUUCUCAUCGGGAUUAAUGCUGCGGACGACAGAGGGGCGACACGGCUCUCUUUGAAGCCUCAACAUGACAUUACAGAUCCCUUAUCCAAGUCCGGGGCCACUGACAUUUACUAUAUCGCCAUGGUGAUAUAAAAGCACUUAGCCGCAAGGCUGGGUGGCACCUUUUAUCACACAGGACCGCUUUUAUGUUGCCCCCCUGCUGCUUGCAGGAACUGCAAAAGCAGUUGACACAGAUAUCUUGUGGAAGAGGUCUACCGGAGCCGAGCUUGACUGCGGCGCUUUAGCAUUCAUUCCUAUAGGGGUACUUUCUCAGGGUCCCUCUUGUUGUGGUGUGACUAAAACAAAUAGCAAGAGAUCUGUAGAGGAUUUCUGUAAACAAUCUGUAGAUGUAGGAGUAGGUAGACAGCUAGAGAUGUAAAGCAGCUGAUAUAAAGAUGUAAAGCAGCUGAAAAAUGUAGAAAGAUACGGGUCGACAUGCAGACUAGCUAACAUGAUUCAGACACCGACGGAUUUAAAGUAAUAAAGUUUGACAUUUUGACAUUUUCUUGCCAAGACAUAGAUGAGAAGAUUGAUACCACUCUGCAAUCUGUACAGUAGAUAUAAAGCUAUUGCCAGCAGCUGGUUAUCUUAGCUUAGCAUAAAGGCUGGAAACUGGGGGAACAGGUAGCCUGGCUUUGUCCAAAAGUACCAAAAUCUGCCUACCAGGACCUUUAAAGUUCUCUAAUUAAAACAUUACAUCACAUUUGUUUAAUAUAUAACUAGCAUCUCUCUUGUCAUUUAACUCUUGGAAAGAAAGUAAAGAAGUAUACAACCUCUUACUUUAAAGGAGAAAUGAGACGGGUUUACUUGUGUGCAGAGUUUGUCGGGUUUAGUGAGCAAUAGGCUGGAUAAGAAAUGUCAGGCAGGCAGAGAAAGUGAGUCAUGGUAUCCUGUGCGAUGCCGCGUGGAGCGGUCACAUGGUCACCAACAUCUCGAGACAAUUAAACUUCUUGCUCUUUUCACUUGUGAUUCAUCCUGUAUCGCUGCAGCGUUCUGAAUGGAAACGAAUCAAAUGCUGCUGUAUUUCUGCUUACAGCUCCUCAGUUGAUGUGGGCAUGCAGUGUGGACAUGUGACCACACACACACACACACACACACACACACACACACACACACACACACACAGCAACAGUGUAUGAUUCACUCCUCUAUUGAGAGAGCCGGCAUGAUUCAUCCUGAUGCUUGCUGUGGCUGCGACAUUAAAGCAGACGCUGCUACAGCGUGAUUGACCGGAGUGUUGAUUUAAAGAACGAAACAGCAUACUGCUUGAUUCUGUCCCCCCCGAGGCCCAAUCAGCCCUCCAGCAGUGCACUCAUCUACCCUGAACCCACUUAUUCUCCCUCUCUCUAGCAGCUUGUGAAAUGAGACCCACAAUGUAAGAAUGUACAACCCGAAUAUAAACAGAAAUAUGCAAGACACAUUCAAGGAAAUGGUUGAAAUUUGCCCACAUUCUGUUGUUGUAAAUUGUUCUUGUCUUUACAUUCUCCUGUUGAUUUAUAUUAUGAAUAGUAUUACACUUUUGGAGUCAGUAUUUUUUCUAACUGAUAUGUUGUUUUGUAGCACUUAUUAGAUGUAAAAUGAAUGCACUCAAAGAGUGUACCACAGUUCAAGUGCCUGUGUACAGUGUCAGGUGUCUUUAAGUUCAGAAGUUUGACUAUAUUUUUGGCAGUUACUCCUCUUAUUUUAUGAUUUUAUGCGCAUUUCUUUGAUAUUUUGAGAGCUAAUGAAGGUUUUUAGCCAACAGAAGUCAGAGCUAAAGAUGAACCUUGGAGACUCAAGCAAACUGUAUAAAACCUGGCACCAGUAUAGAGAGACUUACAGUACAAACAGGUUGCCAGUGAACACAUACUGUAUGUUAACAUGCUAUAAAUACUGGUAACUAAUAUGGUCAUGUAGCAGUACGAAACAUAUACAUGUCACCUAAGACUUCUACUCUAAAACUCACAUAUGCUAGUAGUCAAUAGAAAUCAGCUCUACUGUACAGAGUUUUGCAUGUACAGUAAGUUUCAUCACUUCCCUCCAUUUCAGAGGCGACACGACCUGUAAUAUGCCGUAACAUGAAAUCUAUGGGGGGGGGGUUCACUGUGAUAUUAUUAUUACAAACAUGAUCCAGAUAGAUCAGGACCUGCUCCCGAAAAAGCUGACUGUCACCUGUACUUACCUACUAAUGUAAAAUGCAUUGUGUAAAUGUGAAUUUCUUAGAGUUGAUACGAGAUACAAAAAGACACAAUAAAAUGUAAAAAAAAAGAAAAUGUGUGCAAAUGAAGUGGACAUCUAUAAUACA